AUGUAUGAGGAAUAUUCAUUACUAGAAUUUAUACCUUGCCAACGUAGUAUAUUAGAAAUUUUUCCAAGAGAAACAAGUCCCAAAGUUGCUUCUGUAUUAAUAAAACAAUUGUCAACUGGUAAUAUUCUUCUUGAAAAUGAAUCUCAUUUGGAAUGGACUAUGCAAGCAAUAAAUUAUGCCUUUACAUUACGUUUUGAUUCUAAUGAGGAAGCUGAAACAACAUCACAUGCUGUAAAAGUAUAUUUAAGAUGGGCAUCAUCAAUGAAAAAUAAUGUAGAAAAAAAUAUUCCUGAACCAUUUUUAUUAUAUAAAAAGAAAUAUUUUGUUAAAAUUUUAGAAGCAUUAAGAAAAUUAUUUUAUCCUGAUAAUAAUUUAACUGAUGCACAAAAAAUAAAAUUAUUAGAUAAUCAAAAAGAAAUUUUAAAAUCAUUACAAGAUAUAUGUAAAGAUAGUUGUGAUGAGUAUAAAGAUUUUGUAUGGGAAAAUGUAUUAUUUUUCUUUUUAAAUUGUACCAAUCAAAUGUGUAAAAGUCCUUGUUUUGAAGAUGAAUAUUAUUUUAAAAUGAUUAAUAAUACAUUGGAGGCAUUAUUUGAUGGAUGGCUUAUUGGUGCAAGUCAAGAUUAUAUUCCUUCAUUAUCAUAUUGGAAAACAUUUACAGAAUUAUCAAGACAAAUUACUCAUCAUGUACAAUUAAUUGAAAUAUGGGGAAAUAAAUUACUUAAUUUAACUAAUAUUAUAUAUAAAACAAAAAUAGUUACAAUAAAAGAAAAACAAAUUAUAUCACCUUUUCCAAGUCAAAUGGAUGAUAUACAAGAUAAAAAUUUUAUACAAAAUUGGUUUAGAUUUUUAAAUAUCUUAGCGGCACCAUCAGUUCUUCAUGAGUCAGCAGAUUAUAUCUCAAAUAAACAUUUUUAUUUUUCUAAUAAAGAUGUUAUUUCAGGAUAUUCUGCAUUACUAUCAUUCGCAAACAACCAACAAUCAUUGUCCUUCUUUAUCACAGCAUGUACACUAUCAUUUUUAAUUGAUAUUUUUUAUGGUGAUAGACUUGAAGAUACUUGUGCUGUAUUUCCAGCAAAAAUGGAGGAAGAUGAAUUAGUUGAAAUGGAGGUUAACUAUCAUUCAAAAAGAGUUCCUAUGAAAUCAUCAAUAAGUGUUGAUGGUUAUAAUGAUAAAAAUUAUCAAUCUGAUAACCAAAAUGAUAUUUUAAAUUCUAGUAAUAAUUUACUAAAACAGAAAAAAUCUACCCCAAUAAUUUUAAAUGGAAAAGGUUCACAAAUGCAAAAUUUUAUUUCAUCAGCAUCUUCAAAAAACAGACAUAUUUCUAGUGUAAUGCCAUCAAAUUUAUCCCAUUCAAGGUCAGAUCCCAGUAAAUACGUGUAUAAUAUAUUGAAAGUUAAUAAAAUGAUAAAUAGGCGAAAGAACAGUUAUAGUGAUAACGGUGGUCAUUUAACGAGGGUGAACGUUAAUAUGACUGUUAAAAUGCUUGAUUCAUUUAUGGAUUCUCUAUUAUAUUUCGCAGUAACACCAAGUGACGUUAAUACAGAAAGAGGAAAUUCCACCGAAAAUUUUCAUAUAGAUGCUUUGUUUCCUCAACAAUCAAAUAUAGGAAAUCAACCUGCUAUUACUAAGUAUGAUAAUAAUUUUAAAGAUACAGAAGAAAAAUUAUUGAAUAUAAAUACAAUUGAUAAUAAUAAUACAUCAAAUAUAUCAUCAUCAUCUAUAACAAAUAUGAGUACUACAACUUCAAUUCAUGAAAAUUCAAAUAAUCAAGCAAUGUCUCAAAAGCCAUACUCAUCAACAUCAUCAACAUCACGAUCUUCAUCUACCAAUGAAAUAUUAAAUAAAAAUUCUAGUAUCAUUACACAAAUGGAUACAUCUAUUAUUUCACGUUCUUUAUCAAUAUCUCAACAUAAUGAUAAUAAUGAAAUAUCACCACAAUAUUCAUCUGAGGUAUUUGUAACAAGUAUAUGUGCUGGUAAAGCUAUGGCAUUAGGUACAUUAUGUAAAAUUGUAACAUCAAAAUUAUCAACAGAAUUAAUACCUGAUCAUCAUUUGGCAAAAUUUUAUGCAGCUAUUCAUGAUGCAUUAAUUGAAAGAGAUAGACUUGUUUUAUGUACAAUAUUAUAUAAUACAACAAAUUUAUAUAAUUUAGGUUUACCUGGUGUUGAAAUAUUAUUACCAAAUUAUAUAAAAGCUAUUGAUAUUGUUAUGACAGAAUCAAUGAAAAUACAAUUACAUCCAUCAAUAUCACAAAUUGAAAUGAGAUAUAGUUGUUUAAAAGCUUUAGGAUGUUUAAUUAGUUGGCCAACUAUUUUUGGUGAUCAAACAAUUAUACCAUUAGGUACAGAUCCAUUUUCAGGAUGUAAUUUACAAAAUAAUCUAUUAAAUAAUUUAUCUGUUUAUGAUAAUUUAAAAGAUAGUAUAUUAAAAAUAUUAAUUCAUGCAUUAAGAAAUGAAACAGAUUCAAAUAAUUUAUGUUAUGCUUUAUCAUUAUGUAGUAUUUUUUAUGAAGAAUGUUGUGCAUUUGAUCUUCAAGCACAAAAAGAAAAAACAUCAUCAAGUGGUUCAAUAAAAUCAAAAGAAAGUAUUAAUAAAAAUAAUGAUGAUAUUGAUCCUGAUGAAUUAGAUGAAGAAAAAAUGUUUUGUCAAUCAGCUGUUAGAGGAAUUGUAUCAGCUGUUUGUGAUAAUAUAUGUAAAUCACAAUGGAGUUCAGAUAAAAAUAUCAGUAUUGCUGCAAUUGAAUGUAUAAAUGCUAUACCAUCAUUACAUGUAUCAAUUAUUUUUGAUAAAAAAGAUAUAUCAACUGCAUCUUUAAUUGUAACAUCUUUAUGCCGAUUUAUAGAUAAUCAAUUAAUGAAACCACCAAUGUUUCAUUCAAAAGAUUUACAUUCAACUGUUGUUGCUGCAUAUAAUUCACUUAAUGUAUGGUUAUGUGCAGCACCAGCAUUAAUGGAAACAGAGAUGUGUCUUAAUAAAGUUGCAAAAACUAUUGAAUUAGGAUUAACUGGUGGAAAAAAUUUAAAUAUUGAAAAUUAUAAUCCAGCAAGUCAACGUGUACGUGAUGCUGCUGAUUGUUUACUUCAACAUGUAUUUUCAUCUAUAACAUCAUCACAUCAUGAUAAAUUAGUUGAUGAAAGAAGAUUAUUAUUAAAAUAUGGUCCAUCAUUUAUAGAUACAACAAAAUUUAAACAUUUUUUGAUAAAUCAUUCAACAUUAAUGUCUAUACAUGAAGCAUUUCAUUUAUCUGGUUUUGUAUCAAUUUUUAUUGUUAUUAGAACACCAACAAAAGUUGCUCAUUCAUAUUAUUUACAAUUAGAACCAAAAUCUAAAAAUAUUAAUAAAAAUAAUUGUAAUGGUGAAAAAAUAUAUUGUACAACAUCAAAUACAUCUAAAUUAAGUAAUAUAAGUCAAGAAAGUGGUGAUAUAGAAUCAAGAUCAUCAUCAUUUAGUAAUUCAUAUCAUUUACCAUUAAAUAAAUUAACAAUUGAUAAUAGUGGUGAUGUAUUUGAAGGUAUUCCACCACCAGUAAAAAGAGGUAGUAUUGUUAGUGAAGUUAAACAAUUUGUAUUUCCUCCUGAUUUUUGGCAACCAUUAUGUCAUCUUGAUGAAAUGAAUUGUGAAUUAACUGAUACAAUAUUAACAGAAAAAAAUAUAAAUGAUUUAAAACAAAUUCGUGAAUGUUUAAAUAAAGGUCAAUCACCAAUUGGUGAAAGAAGUUUAAAUAAUAAAUGGAUUACAGAAGAAACAUCUAAAAAUGAUAAUGGUUAUGAUGAUAAAGUAACAAUUAAUUCUAUAUCAACAUUUCUUUAUGAAAUGGGAUUAUUAAAAGAAGAAUCAUAUAAUGUUGAUUUUAUUCAAUUAGAUUGUGGACAAUGUGAUCAAUUUUAUAAUGAUUUACAUAAUAUGGUUGAUAAAAGUCCUGUUAGAAUACCACAAACAGUAAAUAUUUAUUAUGUUAAGGAAGGUCAACAAUCCAUUAAUGAUAUUUUAAAUAAUUCAUUACAUAUUCCUGAUUUAGAUUGUGAUUUUAUAUAUAUGUUGUCUGAUUUAGGUGAUGGAAUUCAAACAAAAUCACAUCCAUUUUGGACUGGUGAUUGGAAUACAGCAUAUUCAUCUGAUAGAAAACCAAUUAAUUAUGGUAAAACAUCUAAUAAUUAUUGUUUAGAUGGUUCUGAAUAUGCAUUAUAUUGGAGUGAUAAUAUGAUGGAAUUUGCCUUUAUUUUACCAUCUGUUAAAUCAUAUAAUAUCAGUAAAAAUACUAAAAAUCCAUUAUUAUGUAAAAAUAAUUUAAAUACAUCUUCAAGUAAAAAAACAACAUAUACAGAACUUAAAGUAUUAAUUAUUUGGUUAGAAAAAUUAGAAGAUAUUGAUAAAUUAGCAAUAUCAGAAUUAUCAACAGAAAUUUCAUCAAAUACAUCUAAUUUUAUUGCUAUAUUUUUAAGAAAAAUUGAAGAAGAUUUAAUUGAAGUUCGUAUACGUACCUCAAAUAUUAAAACAGGAAAAGCAGGACCAUUAUUAGAUGGUGUAAGUGUAUCAAAAUAUUCCUUAGCCAGUUUACUUCGCAAUACAGUUUUUAAUAUGACAAGAAGAAAUAUUAUUGAAUUUGAUAAUUAUCAAUCACUUAUUUUAAAGAGAAAGUUGGCUAUCCAAGAUUUUGCCAAGAAAUAUUCUAUGGGAAUAACAUAUCAAGAAUUUUUAAAUCGUAUAUUAACAAAUAUUUAA